UGAAAUGAACUAAAGCCUGUUCUGAAACCUCCACAGCUGCCCUUCUCACCCUGCCAGGCUGCAGAAUGAUGCCCACGUCUCGCUCCAGCUCAUCCCAGCCUCCAAUGGGACAGGGAAGAGAAACGGUCACAGUGGAGCUAGCUCGGGGGCCGGUGACCUUCGAGGAGGUGGCUGUGUAUUUCACCAGGGAAGAGUGGGCUCUGCUGGACCCCACUCAGAGAGCUCUCUACAGAGACGUCAUGCAGGAGAACUGUCAGAAUGUGACCUCACUGGGGCUUCCAGUUUCCAAACCCUAUGUGAUCUCCCAGCUGGAAGGAGGGGAAGAGCCGUGGGUCCUGGAUCUCCAGGGUUCAGAGGAAAGCGAGAUCCUGAGAAGUCCCUGCACAAGUGAGGAAACAUUAAACCAACCCAGACACUCAGGUGAUGGGGUGGUGAGGGAGAACAAGGAGCAGAAUCCUCACCGGGAAGAUGCUGAGCUAGUAGAACCGCAUGGAGCAUUACUGCAAAGAUCCAAAGGGAAUGUGUCCAGGCACCAUGAGCUGGGAAAAGCUGGUGAAAGUUACCACAGACCAGAGAGAGAGCAGGGAAACCAGUCAGAGGAGAAAGUGGAUGAACCCAUUAAUUAUCAGGAAACUCACAAGGACCUCAAGGAAACUACAUCCCAGGAGAAAAUCCUCAUGGAAAAGAGAGAGUAUAUAUGCAGUGAGUGUGGGAAAAACUUCAAUUACCGCUCAGCCCUUAUUCGACAUGAAAUAAUCCACACGAAAGAGAGACCCUAUGAAUGCUGUGAGUGUGGGAAAAGCUUCAAUCAUACCUCAGCCCUUAUUAGACAUCAGCGAAUACACAGAGGAGACAGACCCUAUGAAUGCUGUGAGUGCGGGAAAAGCUUCACUCAGAGCUCAGACCUUUCUACCCAUCAGAGAAUCCAUACGGGGGAGAGACCCUAUGAAUGCAGUGAGUGCGGGAAAAGCUUCAACCAUAGCUCAGCCCUUCUCUCUCAUCAGAGAAUCCACACAGGAGAGCGACCCUACAAAUGCUGCGAGUGCGGGAAAAGCUUCACUCAGAGAUCAGCCCUUAUCUCUCAUCAGAGAAUCCACACGGGAGAGCGGCCCUAUGAAUGCUGUGAGUGUGGGAAAAGCUUCACUCGAAGUUCAAACCUUACUACGCAUCAGAGGAUCCACACAGGAGAGAGACCCUAUGAAUGCAGUGAGUGCGGGAAAAGUUUCACUGACAUCUCCUCCCAUAUCUCUCAUCAGAGAGUUCACACGGGAGAGAAACCCUAUGAAUGCUGUGAGUGUGGGAAAAGCUUCUCUCAGAGCUCAACCCUUAUUACACAUCACAGAAUCCAUACACAACAGAGACCCUAUGAAUGCUGUGAGUGUGGGAAAAGCUUCACUCAAAGCUCAGGCCUUAUCUAUCAUCAGAGAAUCCAUAGAGGAGAUAAAUUUCAUAAAAACCUUCUCUAGAGCUGUUAGAAGAUUUUUUUUCUUUAAUUCUUUUGACAGUUCCCAGGUAGUGACCAUUAAGGCUGUUUGCAUCUUUUGCACACUGUAGUCCCUCAGCUCCCACACAUGAGUUGCCCACUUUUGAAGGCUGCCCUUCUUUGGGGUGGAUCCUGUGGUCCUUUCUAUCAACUUCAUUGUCCUGUGCGUCAUGGGAGUGUGUGUCCUUUCUACCAGGAAUGUCCAUCACCCCAGGUGGGGGAGAAAGGGGGUGUCUUUAACCAGCUACAUUGAGAUAAAAUCUACCUGGGCCUCAUCUCUGUGGUUUCCAUGGAGUUAGCUAGCUUGAGUUUGCUUUCCUGAUGUAAAAAGACAGCUAUUCUUGCACUAAAGACAUGGGCCAUGGAAAGUGGAUGAGGUUAUCUAGCACAGUUCCUCCUGAUCUGACCUAACCACCACCACAUUUCCUCAUCUACACCGACCUGGAGAUUCACACUAAUACUCUUCCUCCAGUGGAAAGUUAUUGUUCAAGUCGUCAAGUUCCUCUCUGAGGACAAAUUGUCUCAUUCCCAGUUCUCACAUUACCCAGGAUCGUGCAGAACAGUAGUUAUUUUGUUGACUAUUUUUCUCAUUUAAAAUAUAUUCAAAUGUAAUGAAGAGCUGGAGCAAUGUCAGGGAAAUAAGUGUCAUUUCAGGCUCUGUGACACUGGAAGGAGUUGGGGUGACUCAGAGAUUCCCUCCUUCACACCAGAACUGUUACCUUGUGUCUGAGCCAUGCAGAGUUCACCCCCUUCAUAUUCCUUCACUUCCCAAAGUGUCCGGUGAGGUCGUGUUCUUGGCUGUCCGUGCUUGGAAAUGGUGUGUGGAUGUCUUUGCAGAUACUUUAAGGCUCCCGUCUGUAUGUUCUGGGGACAGUUGCUCACCUUCAGUGGAACGUUCCUGAAAUUGGCCUCCAUCACCCUGUGGUACAUUGAUCUCCAUGCGGACAGGGCCAAAGGGAGGGCUUGCUGCUGUGGCCACUUUGGCUGUGAGGGAGGCCACUGCUCUGGCUUAAACCAUCCUGCGAGCACCUUCCACCUAGCCACCCAAUGAAAAGCCCUGGCUGGGAUGAGUUAGUUGGUGUUGGUCCUGCUUUGAACAGGGGGACAAGGGACAUGGGUUCCAAAACCCAGUGAAAAAAGAGAGGCUGGAGACAAAUAUUUGUAUUUGAGGGUAUGAUCCCCUUUGAGGGCUUGAAAUACCAAUUGUAUCUUCUUCUUUCUCUACUGUGGAUGCUAUUAAGAGUCUAGUUACAGACUGCUCAGCUGAAUUCACUUUGGGCUAAUGGUGUACUACCACUGAGUUUCCCUUACUACAAGCUGAAACCACUGAGUGCUGUGGGAGAAUGUGAAGAUAUAUUACUGGUAGAGCAGUUUGUGGAAUGACUGGAGUGGAGCAGUUCCUGGAGUGGCUUGGGGUGAAAGCUGCAGCAGAACCCCAUGGAGAGGCAGGGCAGUUGGUCUUGGACCACGUAAGGUACCUCUUAACACUGCUGUGUGCUCCGCCCCCAGGCUGGGAGGUAAAACUCUACAGAUAAACUUUUGAACUCGGGGCUGCACUGACUAGGGACAGAGACUUUUGGGUUGUUGGACUUUUGGGACUUUGGGUGAUUUUUGGGUUGCUGGUCUUAAGACCCUGAGGGGAAAAGGACACUGCCAAACUUACUUGGGGGGGGGGGGUCUUUUGCUCAUGGUUUGUGUUAUGAAUCCUGUUUGUGGUGUUUCCCCAA